CUGAAUCGAACUUUUAUGCUUGAUAAUAUAGAUUAUACAGAGAAUCUCAGAAUUGAGUUCAUUCUUGGUUAAGUCAGCUAACUACAUCAACACCCUAUUUCUCAGGCAUUAUUAGGAAUAAAGCUUUCCACAUAGGUGAAUUUUUUAGUUUACUUAUGUUUAACACUUUUGAGGAAAUUGAGCUUUACACAUCCAAUUCUUUUUCUUGGAAAUUUUCCUAAAAUACACACUGUGCAACUCUUCUUUAUCAGAAUGUAUUGAGUAUAAUUAAUAUUCUAGUGAUGACUCCGAUAAUCAUUAAAAACAAUAAAAAACAGUCCUAGUACUCUGUGGUAAUACUGUGUAGCUCUCAGGGAUGUGGAAGUGUGUAGGACGUUCUGCCCCUACAGUAUCGCAUUUCCUGAGAAAGCCCUAGCGUUCAUUUACCGUGGUAUGGACUCUUUUAUUGCCACUGUUUUCUCAGCGCUCAGUGCCACGCUGCCCCCCCCGCCGCCGCACCAUCUUACUGCUGCUACUUUUUAUCUAUCUUGCCGUAACACAUAAAGAAGUUAAUGUUAAUAAAUUUAUACCCAUUUCUAAAUCAAUAGACUGAAGCCUAAGAUUAUGUACCUUGUGAUGGACAAAUAUGUCAGAUAAGUGGGCUGUGAAUAUAUGAGGGAAUUUUUUAGACUUUUAAAUUAUUUUGUUUGAAUUAUUUGUGUGAUGAAUAGUACAUUCUUUUAUUUUCUGUUUGUAUUGAUGUGGCCAUUUCUAUAUAUUUGCAUGCAUUGUUAGGAAGGUAGUGUUAGAAAAUUAAAACUGUGUAAUCUGUACUGCAGUUCUAAAUUUUGGAUUGGUUUGAACCAGAAUCUUUGCAAAUGAAUCUUGACUUUAGUGUUCCCAAUAAAUUUUGAGUUAAAUGGAGGGAAUAUACAGCAACUACCUGUAGUUUUGAUUAGUGUCCAACAGAUUCCCACAACUAUGAUUGAAUUCCUUUUGUCCUAGGUGAGCAGUCAUUUGGGAUUAUUGGUUGGAUAAGCCUAGCACAUGUUAAGAUGAUAACUUGCUGAACCUGGUUUAAAGAACCCUGGAAGACUGCACUCCUCUGUCUUCCCUUCCCAUACACACUAGCUGAUACUUCUGUACUGUAUCUGAACUAUCUGUAGUUCUUUGCUCACUGACUUAAUGCACACAUACAAGCUAGUGUAACUGGUAAAUAUUACCUAACUUAUGUUCAUCAUAUUUAACAAUUCUGUGAAUAGAAUUUGCUGUAAUUAAAAAUAAAUGUUAGCUAUUCUAGCCAUUAAAUCAUCAUCAUGAAAAGACUGUUAUAAAAGAUCUUUAUCUGUCCUAUGUACUGAGCAGGUCUGAUUUUCUUCAGGCAACAUUCAUUAAGUGUCUACUCUGUGCUAAGUCCUUUGCUAGGUUCUGGGCUUGUAAGAGAUCAGGAUGGUGUGUAAAAAGAUGAGUAACAAAUUUAUAGAGUGUACUGAGGGAAAGAGACACAAGCAUAAUUUGAAUAUAGAAUAAUGGAACCUGAAAGGGGUAUUGAACUUAACCUGGGCAUUUCAGAGAAAGGUGGUGAUCUUGAAUGGGGAGUCACCAGGUAAAUAAAUGUUGGAAAAACCUUUCAGGCAGAAGGAACUGUAUAAAUAAAGCCACAGUGGUGUGACUUGAUAAAUGUUGGGAAUCCUGACUUGUAAAGAAGAAACCAGACAAAUGUGGGCUAUUGUCAUCCAGUGUUCAUCUUCCUGAGGAGCUUGGGCAUUAGUCCUUAAGCAUUGGGAAGCUGCUGAGGGGUUUUAAGCUCGGGCAUGCUAUGAUCCAACCCAAGACUGGGGCCUUUGGAUUGAGUUUCAGACAGAACUUAGACUUUGGCCAAUGUGAGGAAAAUUAUUUCUCUUGAAGGUUUUUAGGGGAGAUAAAAAUGCCCUGGCUGAACAGUCUACAGGCCACUGAGGGAGAUAAUACACAAUUAAUUGAUUUGCAAACACAAAAGCCAAUAAUGAACGAACAAUGGUUGAAAACUGGGCCCUUGAAAAUGGCAGACCUAGCUUUGUUUCCCUUUGGGUCACUUACACUAGACAGGAGACCUCGAGCCAGCCAGCUUCCCAAGCUCUUCUGAACCUAAGUUUUCUGAUUUAGAGAACCAGCAUUGCAGUUAAACCUACCACAGCAGAAUUGUGAAGGGGUAAUGAAAGUGAGACCUUAGCCGAGUGCCUGAAUUAGUAGGCGCUCUGCUCGGUAAGUAGUUACUUGGUUGGAAUGAAUGGUCCAUCAAGUAGUUGGGCACCAAACAUACAGCCUACCAAAGCCACACUGGAGGGAAGAGAGGCGGGGCUGGGUGCUUUUUCUCCCUUCAACUCCGCGGUGCGGCUGGAGCCUGCCCCGCUUUGGAGUGGUGAUCAAGAGCUGCCCGAAGGGCCGCCAGGGAUCUGCUUAACCUGGGGAGGGCUGGGGGGAAGUUGGCAGACGCGGGGGAAGAGGAGAACUCGCUGAGCCCGGGCCCCAGAAGCUCGGUGGCGAAACUUUGACGCCUUCUAUUUAAAGUCUAGGGGCUAGCCCGCCCCCGGGGCCGGGAACCCGAGCCGCCCGCCGGGGCUGGGAAGGGCCGGGCCGGGGCCAGAGACGCAGUCAGAGGGAGAACACCAGGCGCGCGCGGACGGCUCCGGCUCCAGCUCCGGUUCUGGCUCCGGCCCGGCAGAGGCACGAUGGCGAGCAGCGACAGCACCUACGCCGCCGAGAGUCCCCUCGGCUCCGACGGGGACGAGGAGGCCACCCGAAGGCUGGAGAGCGACGAGGAGUCGGAGAGCGAGGAGGACGAGACGGCCGCGGAGUCGGAGGAGGAGCCGGACGCCAGAUUAUCAGACCAGGAUGAAGAGGGCAAGACCAAGCAGAAGUGUAUCAUAUCUGACCCCUCCUUUUCCAUGGUGACAGUCCAACGGGAAGAUAGUGGAAUAACCUGGGAGACCAAUUCAAGCAGGUCUUCCACUCCUUGGGCCUCAGAAGAGAGUCAGACUUCUGGGGUGUGUAGUCUGGAAGGGUCAACUAUGAGUUCUCCUCCAGGGAAUGUUUCUUUUAUUGUGGAUGAAGUUAAAAAGGUUCGGAGAAGAACACCCAAGUCAAAGCGUGGCUCACCAUCACUGCGUCGGAAAGGCAACAAAAAAAGAAAUUCUCUUGAAUCUCAAGGCGUUCCAGCAAACACAAAAGAUAAUCCUUUAAUUUCAGAAAGCCAAGGACUAAGCACCCAGAAAGAGAAGUCAUCUACUGGCAUUUAUGAUAAAACGAGAAAAAAGAAGACCACCUCCAAUACACCUCCUAUUACCGGGGCAAUAUACAAAGAACACAAGCCCUUAGUGUUAAGACCAGUCUACAUAGGAACAGUACGAUAUAAAAUUAAGAUGUUUAAUUCAGUUAAAGAGGAAUUAAUUCCUCUACAAUUUUAUGGGACAUUGCCAAAGGGUUAUGUAAUUAAAGAAAUACAUUAUAGGAAGGGGAAAGGUGCAUCCAUUAGUCUAGAGCCAGAUAUGAGCAAUCGUGAUUCUAAUAUAGUUUCUCAAACAGGCAAAUUAGUAGGCCAAAGCAUAGAAGAUGAUAAGAUAAAAGAGCUUGCUUCACCCUGGAAAGCUGCAUUCUCUAAAGGAUCAGAGUUCUUGACCUCCUCAUUCAGUCACGAAGAUGAAAAGAAAAUUUAUGUUGAUUCUCCCCUAAAGGCCACAUCUACCACCAAGCACACAGUUUCCUCUUAUGCAAGUAAUGACACAGCAGAACAAGAAAUACAGCUCAGCCCUCCUCAGUCAGUGCCACAACAGCCAGGUAAUGAAGCAAAACUCCAUGAAAUGGAGCCUUCCUCUCUCACACCUGAUACACCUACAACCGGGUUCCUGGAAACAGCAAAGGAAGAAGUUGAGCCGGAUUCACAAGAAAUUAUGACUUUAGAGCAUGACUCUUCAGUCUUACCACCUAUAGUAGAUGAGGUAAAGAAGGAAGAUGUGUAUUCUGUUGACCAGUCCAUUUCAUUGGAGGCAGAAAAGGAUUCUUCAGAAACAGGCGCACCAGGUCUGCCAGCAUCCAUCGAGGAAGAUUUUGGCCCAGAGACAGAAGAGCUGGACCUGACUUCACCAGAAAGGGCAGAAACAGUCUCUGAACAACAAACCCCUCCUCAUCUUGAUGUCAAAGGAAUGGGGGAAGAACACGUGCCUGAGCCAUCCACUUCUCUUUCUGAACCUCUAGUGUUAGAAGAACCAGAGAAAGAAGUUAAAACUUCUCUACCGAUAGCUGCUACCGCUGAACCUGAAGAUUCUAAUUUAGUGGAAGAAGAGAUCAUAGAACUUGAAUACCCAGAGAGUCCAUCUAUUUCCAAGAAGGCCUUCUCACCAUAUUUGGCCGCUGAAGUGGAGCAGAAAGAAGCAGAGAUCCUUUUACCAUCACUGAAAACAUCCACACCUGAACAUUUUGCUUCAUCUGAGGAAGAAAGAGAGGAAAAUGAGUCUGUUUCUACUGAUUCUGCUUUUGUAUCAGAGUAUUCAGUCCCACAGGAUUUGAAUCAUGAGCUAGAGAAGCAAGAAGUUGAGCCAGUUUCUCCAUCCACUGUAAAAGGUGUACCUGAACAUGCAAUUUUUUCAGAAGAGGAGAAUGGGGAAUUUGAGCCUUUGGCCACUGCAUCUGAGCACUCUCUCUCACCAUCCACAACUGAGCAGACUUCUGAAUGCCAGUCCCCUCUGUUUUCAGCAGCUUUCUCAGAACCUGUGGUCUUGUCUGGAGAAGAGGCUUCAGAAAGUGGAUGUUACACACCGGAUUCCACAUCUGCUUCUGAAUAUUCAACUCUGUCACAGGCAGCAAAAGAGCCACUGAUGAAAACAAUUGACCAGAAGUCCCCAUUAAAGUCAAAAGAUGUUUCUGAGCACACGAUUCUAUCAGAAGAGAAGGAAGACACUGGACCAUAUUCCCUAGAUGUGGCCUCUGUAUCUGAACGCUCUCUCUCACCAUCCACAACUGAGAAGACUUCUGAAUGCCAGGCCCCACUGUUUUCAACUGCUACAUUGGAAGAGGCAGUCAUGGCAGAAGAAGAGGAUCUAGGAAGUGAGUGUUUCACAGCAGAUUCAACAUUGACUUCCCAAAGUGCAGUUCCACCAAAUGCAACACAGGACUCCCCAAAGAAAAUAAUUGAUGUGUCCCCAUUAAAAUCAAAAGGUGUUUCUGAACACAUGAUUUUGUCAGAAGAAAAGAAAGAAUACACUGGAUUGUAUUCCCCAAAUGUGGCCUCUGUUUCUGAUCACUCUCUCCCACCAUCCACAGCUGAGCAGACUUCUGAAUGCCAGGCCCCACUGUUUUCAACUGCUACAUUGGAAGAGGAAGUCAUAGCAGAAGAAGAGGACCUACAAAGUGAGUGUUUCACAGCAGAUUCAACACUGACUUCCCAAAAUGCAGUUCCACCAAAUGCAACAGGGGAAUCCCCAAAGAAAAUAAUUGAUGAUGUGUCCCCAUUAAAAUCAAAAGGUGUUUCCGAGCACAUGAUUUUGCCAGAAGAAAAGAAGGAAGACACCGGACUGUAUUCUCCAAAUGUGGCCUCUGUCUCUGAAUGCUCUCUCCCACCAUCCACAGCUGAGCAGACUUCUGAAUGGCAGGCACCAUCAUUUGCAGCCACCCCAUCUGAGCAUGUGGUCCUAUCAGAAGAGACAGCAGAAAUAGAGCGGUACACACUGUCCUCCACCUCGACUUCUGAAUUUUCAGGACCACCAUAUGCAACACUGGAAUCACAGGAGGAAGAAAUUGUCCACAGAUCCCCUUUAAACCUAAAAGGUGCCUCCUCACCCAUGAAUUUCUCAGAAGAAGAGCAAGACAUUGGACCUUUUUCUCCAGACUCAGCCUUUGUGUCAGAAUUCUCAUUUUCACCCUAUGCAACUCAGGAAACAGAGAAAAGAGAAUUUGAAUGUGAUUCUCCAAUAUGUUUAACGUCACCAUCUGAGCACACUAUUUUGUCAGAUGAAGACACUGAGGAAGUUGAGCUUUUUUCUCCAGACUCAGCAUCACAAGUUUCAAUCCCACCAUACAGAUUCCCAGAAACAAAGAAAAAUGAAUUUGAGCAUGGUUCACUGGUAACCGCAAUAUCUGCUUCUGGAUAUUCUUGCUCUUCAGAAGCAGGUGAGGAAGACAUUGUGCCAACAGCUGCCACACCCACAGGUUCAUCACAGAAGCAACAAGCCAAACCUUCCCCUUUGAUGUCUGCACCCGAAGACUUGAGUCUGCCAUCUUCAACAAGUAAAAGAGAGAUCACAGAAGUUGAGCCAGAUGCUCAAACAAUAUCAACAUCUGUAUCUGAAUAUCUCAUUUUGACACAGCAGCAGAUAACUCGACCAUUUUCAGAACCUGAGUCUGAGGACUUGAUUUCACCAUAUUCAACCAGUGAAACAGAGAAGGGAGAAAUUCAUACUAGUUCAUCAGUAGCUGCAACACCUGUUUCUUUACCUGCACAAUCAUUUCUGGUAGAGGAAGACACCAAACCUGUUUUGCGUUCAUCUCAAUAUUCAGUUUCACCUGAUACAGUCCAUGCACUUCAGAAAGAACAAGAAGCCAAAGCAUCACUCACUCCAAAAGCUGCAAAUGAACAGAUGGCUUUGUUAAAAGUUAAAAGUAAGGAAGAAAUUGUGCCUGAUUCUCAAGAAGCUACAGCACAUGUAUCACGGGAUCAAGAAAUGGAGCUUCAGCCUCCAAAUGUUCUAGGGUCUGGGAUGAAAUAUUCAGUUCUGCCUGACUUGGUAGAUGAGCCAAAGAAGGAUGUGAAACCCAAUUUAGCUCCAAUUGUGACAUCUGAACUAGAACAGAGAAUGUUGUCAGAGAAUGAGCCUGAAGUAAUAAAACCAUAUUCACCUCUAAAGGACACGUCUUUAUCUGGACCUGAGAUUUUAUCAGCAGUAAAAAUGCAAGUGGAACAUGACUCUGAAAUAGCUGAUACAUCUAGGGUGUUGCAUUCAGCUCCACCAGGAGUGCAAGAGGAAGCUGAACAUGGACCACCCGCACCAGAAUUUUCGGAAGAAAUAAAGGAAGAAAUUGAACACAGUUAUUCAAUAAUGACAACAUCUGUAACUAAGCAUGAUUCAAGCUUAACCAAGUUAGGAAAAGAAGAAACCCCAACAGAUUUAUCUCUUACCACCCCUAUAGAACAUAGAGUCUUAACAAAAGUAGAAAAGAGUGAAUUAGGAAGUGGUUUGCCACCACUGGUGACAUCUAUAGAUGAGCAUUCGCUUCUCACAGAAGCAGAGAAAGAAAUUAAAUUUGAUUCGCCUGCAAGAAUAUCCUCUCUAUCAGAGCAUUCUUUGUCCAGGGUAGAAACUGAAGAAGUUAAACCUGGGUUGCCAAUAACCGAAGCAUUAUCUUCUCAGCAUUCAGAUGUAUCAAAGGAAGAGAGGGUGGAAAAUGAACAAGGUCUUUCCUUUUCUACAGUCCUUGACUCUGAACAACUGGUUUUGUCACAGGAAAAGAAUUCUGUGUCUGCCUCAGAGGUGUCAGGGCCUGAACAUGUGCUUUUGCUCAACCAAAGUGGUGAGGUGAAGAAAAAAGAAACUGAACUUCCUUCCUCACAGAACAUGUCAUCUGUACCCAAACAUAUAGUUCCAAAAGACAAAAAUGAGGAAAUGGAAAGUUCGUCUCCUGAGUUGGAAAAUUUAGUGUCAGCAGACUUAACUCUGACCCCCAGAGAUGAUAAGAGCAAACAGGCAGUGAAGCCAUCUUCUACAGCUCAGGGAGAUUUCCUGUCAGAAAAUCUUGCUCUGGCACAGCUUUCUUUGGAAUUUGAAAAGAAACACAAGCCACAUCAAGUAUCAGAGUUACCAAGCACUGAGUCAGAAUUCACUCUUAGUUUAGGUGGGCAAGAUGGAUCCGUAGAUACAAAACAAAUAAAAUCUCACAUAACUGAAACAGGGGAUUCUGACUUAGAAAAGGGCCUCACUGAGCUUAGGAGUAGAGGGGAAGGAAAAGAAGAAAACAGAGAACAUCAUGUGUCAACUACAGUUGACCCUGAAAUUCCAGAGGUUUCAUCAUGCCUAAGGGAGGAACCUCAGAUUCAGGAAAUCAAAUCUUUCUCCCCCAAGGUAGUCAGCUUAGGGUCAAAAGAAGCAUUGACCUCUCUAGUUGAAGAAGACAGCACCGAGGAACUUCAGCCACAUACCUUUUCUUUAAAAGGAUUAUCAGAGAAGUCCAACCAUUUAGCUGACAUUAAAACGGGAGAAAAACAAGAAAUAAGCCCAUUACUGUCAACAGGAAAUUUGAAGACACAAGUGAUAGGAGACAUUGAAACGAAACUAAAUGAAGAAACAGACCAACCAAAUUCAUUCCGUGUGCCCCAGAGUAUAACAGAACCAUCAAAGAUUGUUUCUUCUGACCUUGUGGAACAAGAGAAGCCUGGAAAAGCACUUCAUUCAGAUCAAGCUGUUCAAUUACCUGAUGUAAGCAUGUCUUUUGCAGAUAAACAAGAUCUAAGUGUUAAACAAUUUUUAUUUAUGAAAGAGAAUUUGCCUUUGGAAGAAUCAAAAUCAUUUAUGACAACUGAGCAUGCAGCUGUUGAAGAAACACAAAUGCAAGAGGCCCUUUUUGUCCCAGAGGAUGAAAGCUGGAUGCUGGAAAAACCAGGAAGGGAUCUGACCAGUCAACAUGAAGAAAGAAUACUGGGAUCUGUGGAGCUGGGUUCCUCUGGCAGUAAUGAUUUGAUGACAGGGCAGCUCAAGGCCGCCCUACUGGAUAAAGACCAUACAUGUGAAACCAGAAAGCAGCUUCUGCCACAUUCUGCUGAAGAACCUCCUUUAUCAUUACAAGAGCCAGUAGCCACUCUCACUACCUCCAGUGGUGACAUAGAGACCUUAUCAACUAAAACUUACUCAUCUGAAGAAACAAAGCUGGCUCCCAAACCAAAAUCUUUAGUUCCAACUGGAAAUGUAGAGAGAGAUGAAGCAGAGGAGAAGCAGAUCUUCUCUUUUGUGGGGAGUGAAAGUCUGAUGCUGGAGAAAGCAAACACAGAAUCUUCCAGGCCUUGCAAAGAAGAAGGCAGCCAGGAAGAAAUCAAACUACCUUCUGAAAGAAUCCUCCAGAAACCAGUGUCUGACCCAACAAUGGAACAGAUCAAAUCAGAAACUAUUCCUUCUCCCACCAAAGCAGCGCAUUUCCUGGCAGAAGAUGCAGAACCUGCCUGGGGCAAUGAAAAAGAAGCACACGAGAGUAUAUCUCCUUUGCCUGGAGCAAAGCCAUUAAAAGAAGCAAAAAUGAUUCAGUCAAAGGUUGUAGAUGAUGUUAAUGAGAGAGGGAAGAUAGCAUCUGAAGUGAAAACACCCACACCACUAAAACUCCUCUCCUCAAUGCAAGAAAAUGAAGAACCUCAACCCGCAGAGCCGCCUGAGGUGACACAAAAGUUGCCUAAGCAGCCGAAGGCAGCUGAGCCAGACCUUUCUGAGGAGAAGGGAAAGAAAGGAAUUUUAUCUUUCACAUCAUGGAUGUCCAGUUUGUUUUUUGGAUCAAGCACACCAGAUAAGAAAGUUGCUGAAAAAGAUUUAGAAACUCAGCCAAGUCCGUCUGUAGAAAAAGCAGUGCCUGUGACAGAAUCUGAAGGAACAGCUUCAGCUGACUCUAAUGCAACCGAAAAACCAGCUGAUCGCCUGUUACCAGAGACAAAACUUAAAACUGCUGAAAAAUCCAGAGGUACUUUAGUUAAAUCUGAUAAAGGCCAAGACUUUGAAGAAAAACCCACAUCUUUAUCAAAUAUAGAAAUUUUACAACAGCCAAAAUCCAACUUUGAGGUGUCUAGUGAAAAUUAUGGGAAAAAAGAAAUUCUAGACUAUUCAGAGGAAAUGGACCUAAACUCAGUAGUUGCUUCGGCUGAUGGUGAGGAACAUCUUGAAAUUCAAUCUUAUUCUCCCAUGGGUGAGAAAUCCACUGUGGAAGAAGUGCAAAAUGCUGUUCCUCUUAAUAUCACUGAUCGUAAAAGAGCCCAGAAGCCAGAAAUUUCUGAUCCAUCUAAAUGGAAUAUUUCUAUUCUUAAGGAAGAGCCAAGAAGUGAUCAAAAAGAAAAAUUACUCUUUUCAUUUGAUGCAGUAGAUAAGGUGCCACAACAGCCAAAAUCAGCUUCAUCUAGCUUCAUAAGUAAAAAUAUCACGAAGGAAUCGGAGAAGCCAGAGACAAUAAUUUUGCCAGUAGAAGAAUCUAAACACAGUUUAAUUGAUUUGGGUGAAGACAGACUGAAGAAAGAAAUUUUAAAACCUACUUCAUUGAAAACUUCUGAAGAGGAAAUAAAACUCAGUUCUGUUAGCCCAACUGAGGAGAAAGGUGACUUGGAAAUCAGAUCAUAUUCCGUGGCAGAAAAGGUGUUGGCAGAAAAGCAAGAAACUGUGGCCCCAUUUGAGUUUAGAGAUAACGAAAUAGGGGAGGCACAAAUUGCACAUGGAUCUAGCCUUAUUAAAUUGGAAGAAUUAAAAGCUGCAGAUGUGCUGCAAGUCUCUCAAAAUGAAGACCACAAAGAAAGACAUACAAUAAUGAAGCAGGAGAAAGAAGAAAAACAAAAGCCAUCACACAUAUUUUCAGAAGGAAAGCAGCAGCAGGAAAUUGAGCCUUAUUCUGUGAAUGUAGUCAGGUCUAUGCCUGAAGAAUCAGAUAUCUCCUUAAGUCCUUCUUUGGAUGAAAUUCAGCCAUUUUCAUUAAUUAAAACUAUAUCAGUUGCUGAAAAAUCAGAAACUAUGCUCUUGGAGGCUCGCCCAGAAAUCAUGGAAACAAGGGCAGUAGGAACUCAACCACAACCAAGAGAAGAAAGUGAAGUUUUGGUGGAGAAAAUCCUUCCAGUGGAUCUUCCUUAUCAUGAUGAAAGAGAUAACCACUCUUUACCGAAGGAAGGAAAUCUGAUAUUGGAAAAAUCAAGCAGGGGUAUGGCAAGUCACAAUGAAGAAAAGGGACAGGUCACAGUGGCAGAGCCAUCAAAAGAUGGUUCAAUAGAUACCACAAAAGAAAGUAUGAAACAAGGAUCUCUAUCUAAAGAACCUGAAAAGAUUUUAGAUCGUCCUUUUGAUGAAACAAAGAGCUUAGAAACCCCACCAUAUUUGUUGUCAUCUGUGAAAUCACAAGCACUUGUUUCAGGAACUUCUUCAGAAAUUAAUACAGUGAAGAAACAAGAAAUGCCAUGGUCGGAAUUGACUCGAGAUAGGCAUACAGUCCAUACUAUUCAAACAUCUAAAGAUCUAACAUCUGAAAUGUCUAAACAGUCGGUUCUUGCUUCAAAGCACCAUAUGGAGGUUGUGGAACAUGCCCAUGUAAAUGAACCACCCUCUUCAGCAAGCAGCAACUAUGCUCAAUUUAUAAAGAAUGCAUCAGCAAUCAGUGCUGGUAGAACGGUUCCUGCUAGAGAAAUAUCCAAGGAGCCUGAAGACACGUAUGUAAAAGAUGAAGACUUCACAGUGACUAGUAAGCCAGCUGGACUUUCAGAAGAUCAAAAGAGUGCCUUCAGUAUUAUUUCUGAAGGCUGCGAGAUAUUGAAUAUUCAUGCUUCUGCAUUUAUUUCUUCAGUUGAUCAGGAAGAAAGUGAACAAAUGCAAGAUAAGUUAGAAUAUUUGGAAGAGAAGUCUUCAUUUAAAACUAUAUCCCUUCAUGACAAUAGUGAGGCUGUUUCUUGCCAUAAAACAUUAAAGAAUAAGUUAGAAGAUUCUGAUCGAGUUACAUCACUGCAAGAGAAUAAAGAAAAGGAACCUCUUAAUACAAAACAGGAGGUACCCACUGAUUCAGAAACUGAUGAUUUCAACUUUAAUCAGCCCACAGCUCCCAGUGAAGAAGAUUAUUUUGAAAAAUAUACAUUAAUUGAUUAUAACAUCUCCCCAGACCCAGAAAAACAAAAAGCUCCAUGGAAAUUAAACGUUGAAGUGGAGCUCCCAAAGGAUGUUACAGAAGAUACUGUCUCUUUCCCAGAAAGUUCAGAGGGAAGUGCCCUGGAACAUGAAUAUGACUUGGUGAAGUUAGAUGAAAGCUUCUAUGGGAUGGAAAAGGACUAUAGCAAAUUAUUUCACCCAGAGACCCAGAAGCCUUUGGAUAUCCAGCAAUCAGCUAAGAGAGAUGCUUCAGAGAGCAUAAAUAGAGAUGUGGACUCAAAGUCACCUGGGAUGCCUUUAUUUGGUGCAGAGGAGGGAGUUUUGUCACGAACCCAGAUCUUUCCUACCACCACUAAAGCCAUUAAUCCCGAACUUCUGGAGGAGCCACCUGCACUUGCAUUUUUAUACAAGGAUCUGUAUGAAGAAGCAGUUGGAGAGAAAAAGAAGGAAGGGGAGACAGCUUCUGAAGGUGACAGUGUGAAUUCUGAGGCAUCGUUUCCAAGCAGGAAUUCUGACACUGAUGAUGGAACAGGAAUAUAUUUUGAGAAGUACAUACUCAAAGAUGACAUUCUCCAUGACACGUCUGUAUCUCAAAAGGACCAAGGCCAAGGUCUGGAAGAAAUAGCAGUUGGUAAGGAUGAUUCAUACCAACCGAUAGCUGCAGAAGGGGAAAUUUGGGGGAGGUUUGGAACUAUUUUGGGGGAGAAGAGUCUGGAAGAGGAACAGAAAGCUACUUACAGGGAAGGAGAAUCAGUAUGCCAUGUGGAGACCCUUGACAAUGAAGCUAUGCAGGGGAAAGCUCCCAUCACUGAGGAAGUCACAGUGGUUACCCAGAAGGUAAGCUAUGCCGUUCCAUUUGAAGACACCCAUCAUGUCCUGGAGAGAGCAGAUGAAACGAGCAGUCAGAAUAAUGAAGCAGCAAGUGCAAGUCCAGAAGUCAAUCUGAACAUCCCAGUACAAGUGUCCUUCCCAGAGGAAGAAUUCUCAUCUGGCAUAACUUGUGUUCAAGAAACACUGCAAGAAGAACCUAAAAUAAUGGUCCCAUCUGAGUCAAGUGAAGACAGACUCCAUGGUAGCCCUGUUCAGGAUGAGUAUGAAUUUGGCGAAUCCCUGAAUUACGAAAUGGUUGCUCAAGACACUUUAUCAGAGGAGCUGUAUUCAGAAUCCACGCCUGAAGAUGUGUUAUCUCAAGGAAAGGAAUCCUUUGAACACGUCAGUGAAAAUGAAUUUGUGAGUGAGGUGGAACAAAGUAUGUCUGUGGAACAGAAGGAGUUGGGCAUAGAGAAGACAGAACAAGAACAAUUACCUUCAGAGUCAGCAGCUGAGAAGGAACAGAAGGAACCGAAAAAGUCCCAGAUCGACACAUACUGUUACACUUGCAGAAGCCCAAUUUCUGCUGUUGACCAGAUGUUUGACAUGCACAAAGACCAUGAGGUUACAACACUUGAUACAGCUAUAAGCGCUGUAAAGGUCCAAUUAGCAGAAUUUCUUGACAAUUUACAAGAAAAGUCCUUAAGGAUUGAAGCCUUUGUUAGUGAGAUAGAAUCUUUUUUUAAUACCAUCGAGGAAAACUGUAGCAAAAACGAGAAAAAGCUAGAAGAACAGAAUGAGGAGAUGAUGAAGAAGGUUUUAGCACAGUAUGACGAGAAGGCCCAGAGCUUUGAGGAAGUGAAGAAAAGGAAGAUGGAGUUCCUGCAUGACCAGAUGGUCCACUUUCUGCAGAGCAUGGACACGGCCAAGGACACCUUGGAGAGCAUCGUGAGAGAAGCGGAGGAGCUCGACGAGACCGUUUUUCUGACUUCAUUUGAGGAAAUCAAUGAAAGGUUGCUUUCUGCAAUGGAGAGCACCGCUUCUCUAGAGAAAAUGCCUGCUGCCUUUUCCCUUUUUGAACAUUAUGAUGACAGCUCCACAAGAAGUGACCAGAUGUUAAAACAAGUGGCUGCUCCCCAGCCUCCUAGAUUAGAACCUCAGGAACCAAAUUCGGCCACCAGCACAACAAUUGCAGUGUAUUGGAGCAUGAACAAGGAAGAUGUCAUUGACUCAUUCCAGGUUUACUGCAUGGAGGAGCCACAGGAUGACCAAGAAGUAAAUGACUUGGUAGAAGAAUACAGACUGACAGUGAAAGAAAGCUACUGCAUUUUUGAAGAUCUGGAACCUGACCGAUGCUAUCAAGUGUGGGUAAUGGCUGUGAACUUCACUGGAUGUAGCCUGCCCAGCGAAAGGGCAAUUUUUAGAACAGCACCCUCCACCCCUGUAAUCCGAGCCGAAGACUGUACAGUGUGUUGGAACAUGGCCACCAUCCGAUGGCGGCCUGCUAACCCAGAGGCCACUGAGACCUAUACUCUGGAGUACUGCAGACAGCAUUCUCCAGAGGGUGAGGGCCUCAGAUCAUUCUCUGGAAUUAAAGGACUCCAGCUGAAAGUUAACCUCCAACCCAAUGACAAUUACUUUUUCUACGUGAAGGCCAUCAAUGCAUUUGGGGCAAGUGAGCAGAGUGAAGCUGUUCUCAUUUCCACCAGAGGAACCCGAUUUCUUCUGCUGAGAGAAACGGCUCAUCCCGCUCUGCAGAUUUCCUCCAAUGGGACAGUGAUCAGCUUCGCUGAGAGGAGGCGGCUGACAGAAAUCCCAUCAGUGCUGGGUGAGGAGCUGCCUGCCUGUGGCCAGCAUUACUGGGAAACCACAGUCACAGACUGCCCGGCUUACCGACUUGGCAUCUGCUCCCACUCGGCGGUGCAGGCUGGUGCCCUGGGACAAGGGGACACUUCAUGGUACAUGCACUGUUCUGGGCCACAGAGAUAUACGUUCUUCUACAGCGGCAUUGUGAGCGACGUCCACGUGACCGAGCGUCCCGCCAGGGUGGGCGUUCUGUUGGACUACAACAACCAGAGGCUUCUCUUCAUUAAUGCUGAAAGCGGACAGUUGCUCUCCAUCAUUAGGCACAGGUUCAGUGAGGGCGUUCACCCCGCCUUUGCCCUGGAGAAACCUGGAAAAUGUACUUUGCACCUGGGAAUUGAGCCCCCAGAUUCUGCAAGGCACAAGUGAUCGUUGGCUUUCAGAGUUUGCAAGAGCAGUCAUCCACAUUUUGGGGGUCUGUUGUUCUUUCCCUUGGGUGCUGUGUAUUAUUCAAAACCUCUCCCACACAUUUCAUGCUAAUGAGAGCUGCACACACAGUGCUCAGCACGUGAACAAAACCACCAAGGAAACCUUGGCUUUCUAGGUAGCGUGUGAGUAAAGAGGAUGGAAAAACAGCCUCUGCCCUUUGCUUUCUAUAUGUUUGAGUGCCUCCCUAAAUUGAAAGGAUUUAUACCUGACUUGGGAACCAAAACAGAGAAGUGGUCUUCCACCUGUUGUACGGGCAAAAGAAAUCCUUGGAUGGACAGGUCUGAGAGAGGGGAAGGUUGUGUUAGCCCUACAUCUCUGACAAGAAUCAUUGGCUUUUUUCCUAAGAGAGGGUCGCCUCACUUCCCUAAAGAAUGAUGUUUUCUAAUCACUAGAGAAGGUAUUUUAACUGUUCUAAGUUGAUAACAAACUCUUUUGUAAUAAUAUGUGCCGUAUUACACGAGUCUGUUUUCCCUGAAAUUUUAAAUGUAGACAAGUGCUAGGUAUUAGAAAUUUCCAUUUUGUUAAAUAAAUGCUUAGAGUCUAUAAAACAAAACAUGCUAUAUAUGAACUUAUUAUAUGUAACUUACAUGCUGGCAUCUGUGGACUGGGGCACACGGCAGAGUAAAUGACCAUGAUAC